UUGGGAGUCCCUUUUGCGAUUGAGCAGCUGCAGACGAGUCCGGUGGGUUCAGGAACUUGUGACCCCGCUCUCCGCGCGUCCCCGUCCCCCCGUGGCCCCGGCCCCGGCCAUGAAGCGCAUCUUCUCCUGCUCCAGCUCACAAGUGGCGGUGGAGAGAUGGAACCGCCGUGAUCAGAAGCUUCUGGAGGCAGUGCAGCGGGGGGACGUGGGAUGCGUGGCUGCUCUAGCCUCCAAGAAAUCUGCCCGACCCACCAAGCUAGACUCGAACGGCCAGUCCCCGUUUCAUCUGGCAGCCUCCAAAGGCCUGACAGAAUGUCUGACUAUACUACUUGCAAAUGGGGCUGACGUCAACAGCAAGAAUGAGGAUGGGAGCACCGCCCUGCACUCGGCCACCAUUUCCUGCCAGCCACAGUGUGUCAAGGUCCUGCUGCAGCAUGGUGCCAAUGAAGAUGCUGUAGAUGUGGAAAAUCGUAGUCCACUGCACUGGGCAGCCUUCUCUGGCUGUGCCUCAAGCGUGCUCCUCCUGUGUGAUCACGAAGCCUUCCUGGAUGUCCUGGAUAACGAUGGACGUACACCCCUGAUGAUUGCAUCGCUGGGUGGUCACGCAGCUAUCUGCUCACAGCUACUGCAGAGAGGCGCCCGGGUUAAUGUCACUGACAAGAAUGACAAAUCGGCUCUGAUCCUGGCCUGUGAAAAAGGCAGCACUGAGGUGGCUGAACUGCUCCUGAGCUAUGGAGCAGAUGCAGGGGCGGUGGACAGCACGGGGCAUGAUGCUUUGCAUUAUGCUCUACGCACACAAGACAAGAUACUGUGGAGGCUGCUGCGGCAGGCCCUGAACCGGCAGGGGCGGGGAGGUCAGGGGUUAGUUCAACAUCCAGAUCUUGCAUCCCAGGCCUCUCCAUCUGAGCCUCAGGUGGGUUCUCCAUGGAGAGCGGAGCCUGAGGAGGAGCAGGAGGAAGAAGAGGAUGAAGAUCCAUGUUCAGAGGAGUGGAAGUGGAAGUAUGAAGAGGAGCAGAGGAAAGUUUCCCAGUUGGAGCAGGAGCUGCUGCGAAAUACGGAAGAGUGUAAGGCUCAAUCUGCAGCUUAUCUGGGCCUGGAGAACCAGAUUCAAGAACAGGUUCGGGAGCUGGGGCUCCUCCUAUCGCAAGAACCCGGAGCUCCAGGAGACCAGGGCUCUAGUCUCCGGCCUGGAGGAGAUGGCGUGGAGCAGGGUCGUACCCUCAACCUGCUGGCUAAGUGCGUACAAGAGCUAAAGAAGCAGCAACAGGCAGCAGCCGCAGCUGCAGCAAAGCCAGUAGUAGCUUCCAAGAGGGCUGAGCAUUCAGCUGGAGGGGUGAUCCAGUAUGAAGCCCAUGGAAGGUCCCAACCAGAAGAACAGGAGCCACCCCAGAGCCCAAGGUCUGAGACCACUGGGAAAUCCACAGGACAGCAACCGACCACCAAUGGUGGGCAGGCCCUUGGCCCUGAUCAUACUGACCAGCUGCAUGCUGGCCAGAAGGCGAGGCCCCAGGCCCCAGGGGCUGAACCAACAGGCACAGUGGCUGAACCAGUGCGCACAGCAGCCAUGAACCAGCUCCUGCUACAGCUGAGGGAGGAGCUGGCUGCCGUGUGGCGAGAAAAGGAUGCAGCCCGGGGGGCUUUAUCAAGACCAGACCUGGAGGGAGCUCUGGGGACGUCCCGGGCUGAGGCCGCAGCAGCAGCCUGGGAGAAGAUGGAGGCCAGGCUGGAGCGGGUGCUGGUGAGGCUGGAUUGGGCAAAAGCAGGAUUACAGAUGAAACCUGAGGCCCCUGCCCAGGAGCCCAGAGAGGGAGCCCCAAAGGCAGGCCCAGGGGCCAUCACCAAAGAGGGUGAAGGGAAGGAGGAAGGGGCUCCUGGGGCCUGCGGAGAGCCUCUAGGGGCCCCUGGAGGGGAACAGAUGCCAGGAGGGGGCCUGGCGGAGGGACAGCUGGAGAAGGAGGUGUCAGCUCUGAGGCUGAGCAACAGUAAUUUGCUGGAGGAGUUGGGGGAGCUGGGCCGGGAGCGGCGGCGGUUGCAGGGGGAGCUGCCGUCCCUGAGCCAGCGGCUACAGCGGGAGUGCGUGCCCAAGCCAGAGGCGCAGGUCCAGCUACAGCAGUUGUGGUGGAGCGUGGGGCUGCUGACAGAUGAACUGGCCCUGGAGAAGGAGGCCACCGAGAAGUUGCGGAAGCGCCUGGCCUCCCAGAGCAGAGGCCUCCGGGGACUGUGGGACUGCCUGCCCCCGGACCUGGUGGGCAGGGGGAGUGCACGGUGCCCAGCGGCCGAGCCCCUGGAGGAGCUGCAGGCCUGCGUCAGCGCCCUGGUGGCCAGGCACCGCGAGGCCCAGCAGGUGCUGGCUCGGCUAGAAGAGGAAAACCAGCAGCUGCGGGGCUCCCCUGCCCAACGUGGGGAACCGGGCACCUCCUCAGAGGCCUCAGCGUCCCUCCAAGUUGAAGCUCUGGAGCAAGACCUGGGGAAGCUGGAGGAAGAGCUGCGGGCGGUUCAGGCCACGAUGAGCGGGAAGAGCCAGGAGAUCGGGAAGCUGAAGCAGCUGCUCUACCAAGCCACGGAGGAGGUGGCUGAGCUCAGGGCCCGGGAGGCGGCCAGUCUGCGGCAGCACGAGAAAACUCGGGGCUCACUGGUGGCCCAGGCCCAGGCUUGGGGCCGGGAGCUAAAGGCCCUGCUGGAAAAGUAUAACACGGCCUGCCGGGAGAUGGGUCGGCUGCGGGAGACGGUGGCCGAGGAGCGGCGCAGGAGCGGGGACCUGGCCGCGCGCGCGGCGGAGCAGGAGCGCCAGGCCAGCGAGCUGCGCUUGCGCUCCGAGCAGUUGGAGAAAACGGCGGAGCUGCUGAAAGAGAAGGUGGAGCAUCUCAUCGGGGCCGGCCGGGACAAGGAGGCCAAGAUCAAGGAAUUGUUGAAGAAGUUGGAGCAGCUUUCAGAGGAGAUUCUAGCAGUUCGGGGAGAAAACGCUCACCUUGCCCGACAGCUGCAAGAUUCCCAGAAGAACCACGAAGAGAUCAUCUCCACCUAUAGGAAUCAUCUGCUGAAUGCUGCUCAGGGCUACAUGGAACAGGGUGUGUACAAUAUCCUACUGCGAAUCCUCAGCAUCCAGGAGGAGUGAGGCAUCCUGUGCCCUGAAGAACAUGGGAUCUCUCUGUUGGAAUAGAGCAUCCCUGGUUGCCAGAGCCUCCAACGGGCUGUGGUGGGUGGUGGGUUGGCCACUAUGGGUGUGUGGGUGGGGCUUCACCUGACGUUAUGGACCACAGACCUGAGAACCUGAACCCUGGAAUCAGCAUGCAUGAGAUCAGAGGAGGUGUGCAUGGAAGCCAGCUCUGUGGAGAAUAAAGCAGGAGGCAGGAUGA